ACGAGCCACUGGGAACGGGUUGCCCGGGAAACGGCCGCAUGGCAACAGGAUCAGAGCCUGGGGGUUGUCUGCUUCUAGGUCUGCUCCCAUUUUACAUCGCAUUUCCUCACUAGAUGGUGUGCAAGCCACUGGAGAGAACACUUCCCCGCACAGUGGGCUCUACAUCCAGCAAAACAAACCUGGGAAACUAUACCGCGGACAUUUCUUUACGGGACUCCGAAGAGGAAAAGUGUGGAAUUAAAGCGUCGUUCGCGUCAAGGCUUUCUUUUUAAGCUAACGUUAACUCCUCGCUUUUUUUGCAACAAGAAUACUUGGGAAAGCGGCAACAAAAUACAGCUGUGAUGGACAUAAUGAUUGCUGUGCAGGAUGCUUGUGUCUCUGGUCAGUGGCUUACUGCGAUAAUUCUCAGCCUGUGCUGCUUUCUGCCGUCCUGUUUGCCCGCUGGACAAACUGUGGACUAUUCCUCGGUUGAAAGUGUGGUCAGCAGACAAGGCGACACGGCUCUACUGAGGUGCUACCUAUUGGAUGGGAUCUCUAAAGGAGCCUGGCUGAACCGCUCAAGCAUCAUAUUUGCAGGGAACGACAGGUGGUCUGCGGACCCACGCGUGUCCAUCGUGUCCAGCGUUGGAGACAAACAUGAGUACAGCCUUCAGAUACAGAAAGUGGAUGUAUCUGACGACGGUCCGUACACAUGCUCCAUUCAGAGUGAGCGCAACCUACGGCCAAAGCUCCUCAACUUAAUUGUAAAAGUUCCUCCCAAGAUAUAUGACAUUUCCUCUGACAUCACGGUAAAUGAGGGCAGCAAUGUGUCGCUCAUCUGCACAGCCAGUGGGAAACCCGAGCCAAGCAUUUCCUGGAGACAUAUAACCCCAUUAGCCAGGAAGUAUGACAGCGGCGAAUAUCUUAACAUCACCGGCAUCACAAGGGACCAGGCUGGAGACUACGAGUGCAGCGCUUUAAAUGACAUCGCCUCUCCUGACACCAAAGCAGUAAAAGUCACAGUCAACUUUGCCCCAUCUAUCCAUGAGAUGAAAAGCCAUGGAGUUGGUCUAGGACGCACAGCUCUGCUAAGGUGCGAGGCAGCUGCUGUGCCCUCUCCAACAUUCGAGUGGUACAAAGGUGAAAAAAGGAUUAUCAAGGGUCAAGGCAUCGACAUCAAGAGCCUCAGCUCCAGAUCAGUUCUUACAGUGACCAACAUGACCGAGGAUCGUUACGGGAACUACACAUGCGUUGCCUCCAACAAGCUAGGGACGGCUAAUGCCAGUGUGCCUCUCAUUCCAAUUAUUGAACCCACCACCACUAGUGCUGUCUCAAGCCCAGCACCCAACACUGCACCCUAUGGGAGCACAGGAAGUGCGCACGUCCCGCUGGCCUGCCAAUACCUGGUCCUGGCUCUCUCCUCCUUCAUCAGCGUGUACUAGCAGAGACCAAGCCAGACACAAUGACUGUCGAGAGCAUUUAUGAAUCAUUUUUGACAUUGCUAAAGGCUGGAAUCCAAUGUGGUACAGUUUGUUGAAAAGCCGUGAUGGGGAAAAUAAUCAGCGUUACUUUGUGUGGGGAAAUUUUCUUUUCUUUUUUUUUCUUUGCUUUUUGGUGACAUUUCUGUCAUGUAAAUACUAUGAUGUUUUUUAUUAUUAUUAUUAUUGUUAUUAUCAUUAUUAUUAUUUUCUCUCUUCUUUUUCGAUUGAUUGAACACCUUUUUGCUCACCCCCCUCCCCACCCCACCUCCCAUCAUAUCAAGCCCCUAAAUAUCCCAAAUGAGUUACUUUCAUGCCUCUUCUUCUCUUUGAGACGAUGGCGCAAAAUGGCCAUUUUUUUUACAUGGCUAAAUUGGCCACGGCUGGAAUGGCAAAGCCAUUGUGCCAAGUCUCUCAGUACACAUAAUUACCAUACCAAUGUUGUAAUGAAUGUAUUAUGGGUUGUUGAACAAAGGAAGUACAUUUCAAUUCCUAACAAUAGAAAUUCUGAUUGAGUGUGCGCAAAAAUACAGAAAAAAAAAUCAAGAAAAAAAAAUCAAAAGAACAAAAAAUGCAGGGCUUUUUCAGGACCUGUGUUGUCAUGAUGACUCAAUAGAUGGAUGGACAGUGUUAAAGGUGUGCUUUGUUGUAUUCUGAAAUGGGUCCUUCAGUUACUAUGCCUGACAGAUUUGAUCAGGCAGCCGUCAAAGUAGCAAAGUAUACUGUAUUGUAUCUUGAUAUUUUAACAUAGUGUAGGCUUUUGUUUUAAAGUGGGACCAGCUUUUCUCAUUCCACCAAGAACAUUAACACAGUUCAUGACUUUGUACAGUAUGAAGGGAGGAACAUCGCUGCCCUAUGUUUACAUUUUUUUGACAAUAUAAACACUACAGUAUAUACUUCAUACUUUUUUGAGUCUGCAUACAGUAUGUGAAUGUCUCAACCAGUUGUUGCAGUUGAGAAGAAAAAUCAGAGCCCAAUUUCAACUGUUGUAAGCUUUUCUUCUAAAGAUGCAGUUCUUUGAAACAUGCCACCUCCAGUGGGCGUCUGAGCAGAGCGUUGUGUACCUACUGAUCAUCGACUGGCUGAAAACCCACAGCUGCACACUGUAAGUCGCUUGACAUUUCUGGCUUCAACAUUUCUCUGGAAAAGCAACAUUUUGCAGCAAGGUAUUUUAUUCCUCUGUUUUUCGUUACAGAUCAUUAACAAAAAAUAAUAGAUAUAAAUAUAUUACCGUGUCUUCUACAGUAAAUAUAUCUACAUUAUUGCAACAAUUUACAGAUAAAGAACAUCCAGAGAGCCAAAGGUUAUGUACCCUAAGAUUUCUGGCGAAUACACCAAUAUAUAUCAUCAUCCCCCCCCAAAAAAAAAGGAAAAACCGGCUCUGCCUCAAUAUGACUACUUCUCAUGUUAAGUAUGAGAAACAGAACACAAACUAAAGCUUAUGAACAUCCUCAUCACUACAAACAUGGCCUAAGGUGCUAACAGCCCCUCCAAGAUGAGAGUCCGUUUUAUUCAAACAGCUGAUCAGUGUCCACAGGGUCAGUGAAUGUCCAGCAGAGAAUCAAUUAAACCAUGAGGUCGUUUAAUAGAAGAAAAUGUGGCUUUUUAGUUCACUGAAAUCAACCAUAUCAAGGCUCAAAAACAAUGUAAUCGUAAGCGUUUACUUUUUGACAAGACAGUCAUGGCAUAUUCAUCCUCAAGUAUCUUCAAUUCAUGGUGUAAACAGAGAUACUGUACUGUAAUGCCUUAAUAGUACCAUAGACAUUAAAUGAACCUCCUUAAGAAGGACACUUCCAGAAACUCUCAUUAAGAUACAACUCAUUUUUUUGACACAUUACUCCUUAGUGAAUGUUCACAAACCAGUAGCUGACUUAACUUCCUAAUUCGGCAUUGUAUUCAGUGCAAACUAAACUUCUCAACUUCUCAUGCAGGUAUUUUAAAAUAAGCCAGUUGCAUCUGAUAGAAAUGCAGUAUUUGUCGUACAGGUUGACAUGUUUGCAGGUCUUGUUUGGAUUUGGACUUUGUUGUUUUUUGCCGCGCGAUCGAGGGACUAACAGUUCACGCAGUAUUUUCAGCUGAACUUGUAACUGCAAACCUAUAGAGAAAUAGCCAUCACAGUUAAAAGACUUAAAGCACAAACACUGUUAUUACUUUUAUGUUUCGUGGUGAUUUGUUUUAAGGUCUGCUAAACAUUUUUUUAUUUUAUUGUUUGUACUGAAAUUGUUAUCAGCUUGUUUUACAAAUUAUGAAAAUACUGCACCAUAUGAUCUUGUUUAAAUGUUAAGGUAUAAUGAAAAUGGGUCAGAACUAUAUUUAUUCUCUUCCUUUAUGAAAACAAUGUAUAAAAAUUACAUUUGAAACAUGUAAAACUGGAUAUGUGACAUUUAUUUGAAUGAGGCACAGUAUGGCAUAGUUUAUAAUGUUGUCGGGUUGAUUUAGAUGCCAUAACUGUUGUUGAUUUUUUGUCGGACGAGUACAUUAAAAAAGAACAAUGUUUGCAAUUAAAUUACCUACUUUUUGAAACAGAGAGGGUGUGAACCAAUAUAACAGUAUUAUAGAACAGAAUCAAUGUGUGUAUAUUUGGAGAAAAUAGGAUACCUUUUGAUCUUUAGAGCCAGUGUGUAGUCAUAGUUUUCACACACUUGCGUGUUUGACAAUGUGCAGAGAGUAUGGUUGUGCUGCAUGUCAAAGUUAACCUGUGUUUUUGAGGUGGCCAUUUUACAGAUAUUCAUACUUUUUAUGAAGAACCAGUUUUUUCCCAAAAAACAUUUGGUUCUUAAACCUGGUCUAAAAAUACAUACCUCCUAUGGACCAGCCAGCUAUGUUUGUUUGUGAUUUAUUUUAAUCAACUUUUGCUGAUAAACUAAAACAACUGCUAUUCAGAGACAUAAUGAUUAUUGUGGCACUUUGGUGAUGGCCUGAAGUUAUGUUGGCUGCUUGUCUAAGCAGUCAAAACCAUGCUAGUGUUCAUACAUAUGAAAUGUACUGGAUGUUGAUUCUUCUUUUAAUAAUAGUAUUAACAAGUCCCUUUUAUCGAAUCACUAUUAUUUGCAAUAAAAGUCUUCAUGUUCCAAUAUAAACCCACAUCUGAGUUAAUGAGCACUCAAAGGGGUUGUCACUAUCACUGGGACAGGGUUUGAACCAUAGCAUGCCGUUGCUACAGUGUCCUCCUUAAAAUUUAAACCAUCUUGACACUACUUUCUCCCUGCGUUGUUUUGUUGUCUCCCUUAAAAUCAAGGGCAGAAUCAACGCUGUUACCAGGGUUCCAAUUUGUAGAUUGUAUGAGCUGUAUCAACAUUUACUUUGUGUGGUAAUUCAACUUCGAAAUGAAUUGUUGGCUGUUAGCGAGUAGACAUGUAGUGUUCUGCCAAAUAUGGUCAAUAACUAAUCUUACGUUUGCUAACUGUACACAUCAAAAUCCAGCCCAAUACAUAGCUAGGUAGUCGGGUACUGACUAACCGCUAAAGCUAGCAGCUAGUAAUUUUAUAACCCCUCAGUUAUAUUUUUAAGAACAUCACACACUAAUAUUUUAAUCACCUAAAUCAGAAUCUUUGAUAAUGUAGGACUGAGCAGCAGCUAGUUCUGUCUUGUAGCGUUUGCUAAUACUAGCUAACGUCAGCUAACGUUUUGGAUCAAUUUCGAUGAUGUCUUCAGCUUUAACUAUCAGACGUGAUUUAUCAGAUUUUUGUCACUAUUACCAAAAGUAGACCACUACAGAGCAGUCAGCACUUAAUUUAUUUCUACUUUUAAUUAAGUGAAAAAAAAUUACAAAAGUCACAGUAAUGUGGCUACACAUCUGAAUGUGAGCUACAUUCAGUUGGUCUGGUUUUGUAGAUACAGAUGAAAGUUCUUUGAAGUUGACUUCAAGCAAAUUACUGCUUUGCCAGCGGCACAGUUAAACCCUGGUGAAACAACACUGCUGGGACUGUUCCCCAGGCUUGAGAGGCAUGAGGGAACUAUCAGUCUGUUUGUACAGUGUAGCCUGAAUUAUUGAGUCAUCUUAAUUUUGCCGUAUCAUGCAUAUUUGAUCCUCUCCCCUUUGCCCUUAAACACUACAUAAAUCCUCCUGAGCCCAGAUGGCCAGAAGCCACAGUACAUUGGAUUAACCAACGUUUACAGUGCAUCCUCAUCAUUGACUGGAGUGUGUCGCACAGUAUAUAUUAUCUGGAGAUAUUUAUAAACAUACACCACUGCAUAUUCAGUCCCAUCAUGCAUCAGGGGCAGAUCAUACCUUUUUUUUUGCAACAGCACAAGGCUUUCGAAUGUCCUUUGACCCAAAUUCACUCUUGACUUCAAAAACCCACGGUUGUGUGACCUACCUUAUAAAAGUUCAGUUGAAAAAGUCGUGUUUAUGUACAAGCUGAAAAGAGGCCACACCACCCACCUGCAGAGAUCACUGCCUCACCUAGUGCGCCCAGCUGACAGCAGAGGGGGGGAAAAAUCUCUCCACUUUUAAAUUUAAGAUAAGAGGAUUUUAAAUAUUGAUGCUAGUGCACAUUAUUACAGCCCUGCAAUCCCCAACCAGAAUUUUUAAAUUUCCCUUUUCAAAGCAUCCUCAUCCCAAUGCAUCAUAAUCAUAUUGUUCUGUUUGCAUUUAUUACAAGUUCAUUUAUGCUUUAUUUACUCAACUUGUUAACAGCUGUGUCUUAGAGGGGGUCAAGCACUGUACUAAAUGUGCCUUUAAAGUACUUUCUCAAUUAUAACCGACCCACAUUUAGAUCAUCAAUGCUUCUGUAUGCAGUCUGAGCUGAUGGUUCACUUACAGGGGAACUAUUCUUUAACAUUUUUAGCUUUAUACUAGUAUUUUUGUGUUUGUACUAGGAAAGGUUUACAUGCUUUAAUGUACAACAAAACACUUUAUCAUUCUCAUACUGCCCAUGGCUGAUGUAACUCUAUUCACCCUAUUUAUGAGACGCUCUGCUGGAGCACCUGUCUUCCUCUUUAAGCCCCUCUUCCAAAAUAGCCCGGUCUGUUCUGAUUGUUUCCUGGAAUCUCCGCUGCGCUCCAGUUUUGUUUCAGUCGUAGUAGCUGGAGCUACUGCAACAGAGUUGUACCAUAAAAAAUCACAAAAAAGGCUUUUAAACCAAAUACUACACAACUGGACAUGUCCCAGCAGUAACGUGCCCUGAAAUUGGGGAGAAAUGACCAGCAUUGGCUGCCAAGAUUACAGCUAACUGGCCUUAGCAUGCAGCUACUUAAUAAUUAGCAGUAUGCUAACAUUAGAUUGUAAUGGAACGAAGCAGCACUUUCUACUGUCAAAAGUCAUAGAUAAAGACUUCUGAAUCAAAUACUUCCCAAUCGGACAUGUUUCAGCAGUAAUGCAACCCCAAAUUGAGGAGAAUUUAACAACAUUGGCAGCCAAGAUGACAUCUUUUACUGCUGUUAGCAUGUAGCUACUAUAGUUAGCAGUGGACACUAAUAGAGUGCAGCAGCACUUUCUACAGUCAAAAAUUCCAUUAGCAUCUAGCUACAUGAGGCAAUGUUAACACAUUGUGUAGCUUUAAAAAAAUAAACAAAUCCAGUCCUGCCUGGCCGGAGCAGAUAGAAGGCGGGAGAAGGCCUUGGAGUUGCAAAAAACACUUAGCCGAGAGUAGAAGAAACUGUUGAAACCUGAGCGUUUAGAACAGUUGGAAAUCUGAACGUUUUAGCUUACGGGAUUUCUCUAAAACACGUUUACCUCAUUAUUUGAAAAUUUGACAUUAUAACAUUGUAGAUAUGACAGAAAAUACGGAAAAGCAUAAUGUCCACUUUUAGUUUUCACUACAUUGACUUCCUAACAUUAACAACACUAAAUAUGUCAACAUAGAAGCAAACUACUGCAUUAAUUAACUUAAACAGUUAUUCUGACACAUGUAACCCUUAAGUAGCAUAGAAUACAAAUGAAUGAAACAAAGUUAAAUGUCAUUGUAAUUAAAAUAAUUAGGAUUAAUGCAUAUUUAAAGUGUUGUCAUGUGUACUUAACAGAAGCAGGGUUCAAAUCAUCUUCAUCCUGGUUAUUAUCAGGUCAAACACUCUCCAUGUUUGUUUUCACUUCUUUAUUAUGGGCAGGGGCGUAUCUGAAAGGCAUGCUUAUUAAUCCUUUCUGUGACUGACAUACUACUGUACCUGACACUAUCUAAAAGACUUUGUGCUGCAGUAAAAAAAA